AUGAACCGCCAGCCCAAUCUUCCUUCACGGCCGGCUCCUUCUCAGCCGUUCGCUACUUACAGUCCGUACCAGAAGCCAGACGCCGCUCCACCACGGCCUGAGAUCAUACCUCCGACCCAACAUCAUCGACCCCGGGAUACUGACCCAUCACCCAACAAUGCACAGCAGCUACCAAGCCUUCGAACUCUUCUGGAACCAGAGCUGUUGGAUAAUAAGUUCCAUGAUCUUCCAUCACGAUCAGGUGGCGCUGCCUUUCUAGCUCAGGGUACCUCGGAGCGGUACGGUUCUAAUAGCCCAACCCUGAAAAGGCGGCAUGAUUUCGACGGUUACAGCCCUGAAAAAGUAGAGAACAAUGCUAUUACAUCGCGAAUACCACAAGUGAACCGCUACGGCCCCACCAACCUUCUUGGAGAAAGCCAAUCUCUAUCAUAUCCGGCACAAUCGUCCACACCUCACUCAUAUCAAUCGGAAUUCCCGCGCCAUGCAAGCAUUGCAAGAGCAACGCACAUGGAUCCUGCCGGUAAGAUUCAUCAAAAACCAUCAACAGUGUCGACAAUGAGCGCAUUAUCUAACCCGAUAGGCGGUUUCGCAGGGCAGCCACAACAUGACGAUCCAAUGGACAUGAUCAGACCAGUCAGGCGACGAACCGAUGUGUCCUCUCGUGCUCCUAUACGAUCGUCACGUUGUGUAGGGCAACGAGAGGUACCUGGCGAGGGCCGCUGUUACAUAUACGAGGAUGGCUCAUAUUGUCGCGCUGUUAUAGAUGGGGAACCGGUCAAUCCAUCCUGGGGCAUUACAAAGGCAGGGAAACCACGGAAGAGGCUCGCUCAGGCGUGCCUGACGUGUAGAGAAAAGAAGAUCAAGUGCGAGCCGGGUUACCCAAAGUGUCAUCAAUGCGCCAAAUCACAGAGAGCUUGUAGAGGUGGCCUCAAUCAGGCUGGCAUGAGCAAUGCUUCGGGAGAAACAUCACCGUCAUCGUCAUCGGCACUAUUUAAGAACCCAUCGACAGAACUAGUCAGUCCUGUGGCCGGCCCCGACAAACCAAAAGCUCUAGAAGAGCACCGUGAUCCUUCCAGAACUGUCGAAGCUUGGAACGCUGGUUCUCCGUUCAAGCAUCGAAACUUUCGCCCUACUUCGGUCGCUACCUCAAGAGAUAUGUCGGUGCACUCCGUUGAUUCGGAUUGGAGCGGCUCCAUGAAUGCCAUGGAUCCAGACGACCCCAGACGUGGUUCACACCAGGAUCAUCUAGCUGUCCAAUGGGAACAGGAUCCAUAUGAAACAGAUGCCCGUUUGACAAUGCACCUUCUGGAUCUCUACUUUCUCCAUGCGGGACGCGCAACAUAUGGAAUGUUCCCUAGGAAACCAUUCUCGACAUGGGUCGAGACUAACCGCGAGAAAACCCAGGACCACCUGAUGCUGCUGUACUCCGUACUUGCCAUGGGUUCCAUCUUCUCGAAUGACCUCGACAAACGAACCCUUGGCAAACGCUUCGCAGCUAUUGCUGCUUAUGGGACCGAAAAACGAUUUGGGAAGUUCACCUUGCAACUUUGCCAGAGUAGAUUGAUGCUUGCGCUCUAUAAUUUUGCCCGGGGAAAGUCUCAGGAAGCAUGGGAUUUCUGUGGUGCUGGCUUGCGUGCUAUCAGUGCUUUAAAACUCAACACCGAAGAAGGGAUCCAAGAAGUACCGGAUUUGUCCCCUGAACUGGACUACGGAUUCGACCGCCGUACUUUGGAAGAGUGUUGCCGUCGCACCUUCUGGUCCGGGUUCUUGAUGGAUGUAAGUUCCACCGCGUUUACGGCGACCACCACCCUUGACCUAAUGCACCAACAGCGCUACAACGGCUUUUGUGGCGGCACACUCUGUGUUAUCAACAUCGAGGAUACUUUCCUUCGGCUUCCGUGCCUCGAGACCCUUUAUGAAGCCUCCAAUCCUUGUGAUACACCGUUCUUCGACUUUGAGCUUUUGAGUCGCCAAGCUCCUCCUGGUCCACCUCUUGGGGAUAUGGCGUACCUCACUCUUAUCUCAGCAAUCUGGGGGGACGUGUUGACAUUUACUAGUCGUGCAGUGCGUCGGCCGGAUAAUGGUUAUGAACGGCUUUACGAAUCUUUUUAUUCGACGACAUACGAGAGGCUGGAGACGUGGCAGGGCAUCUUACCGGCGAACCUUCGUUACUCCGCGCAAAAUCUCGACAGCAGUAUCGUGGAAGGCUAUGCUGGAACAUUCAUUUCUCUACACGCGCUUUACCACACUACCAUCAUCCGACUCAAUCGCCAUGUCCGUCUAUGGGCUCUAUCAACGGACCAGGUCAGUCGAAACAUUGACCAGUCUUUUCGGAACGCAUCUCAUUUUCUAUCGAUCAUGCAUUCCUUGGCUCCAGUAAAUCGCCGUCAACGACUUCCGCCCAACUCAAGCUCUGAGUUCUUGUUUUCCACUCCCUUCCCAGGUUAUGCAUUGAUGCUUUCCGUCGACGUGCUUAGUGCGGCUGGCACGGUCUCAACCUUAAACGGUCUCAUCGAGACCGUAGAUACAACUCUCUCAUGCAUUGAAGAACUAGCAAACUUCUGGGCUUCGGCCCGUGCGCAGCAAAAGGCUAUUACUAAACGUCUUCAACAUUUGAUUGAAAUUGCGUCUACAGAAGAACAGGGCAUCAGAAACGGCAGUUUCGGACAAUACUGGAGAGUAAAGGACAGUCUUGAAACAGCUUUUGGCAAUGAUGACGUUAUGUACAAGGCUCGCGAUCCAGCUCUUUUUGAAGUAGUUGGAGGGUUGACCGGACACUAA